AAUGAAAGCUUUAUAUUUUCUUGGCAUACUCUAACAAAGUAUUAAAAUGUCACCUAUUUUGAUUAUGUUGCCUACUCCAAGUAUGGUAAUUCAUUUUUCCCACGGAUCGGGAAUGCAUCACGUGACCACAUCAGCUGAGAAAACCCAGAGAAGGCGCGCGCAGCGAGGCCGCCUUCUCGCGUGACGCAUGGUUCAUGCUACGGUACGCCAUUUGUGUCUAGCAACAAAAAGCGCGGACAGUGGAAACAGUCGCAUAACAAGGGGAGUUUGAUUCAGCUUUCAAGAUAGUGACCAACUUCACUGUUAUAUAAUCAUAAAAGGAUAUGAUAUGGAUAAAACACUGAUAUCAGGAAAGGAGGCUGUUGAGGACAUGGUGCCUGUAAAUGACACCAGUGGGAAAAUUAAGCCAGACGAUGUGGAAAUGAAGGAGACGAAACAAGACUCACCUAGUAGGACUUCAAAACCUGAUGAAGGAGAUGAAGAUCUCACUGAGAGACUGCAGCCGGAUUCUGAAGAUAUGGAUAACCUGUGCACAACUUGUGGCUUCUCAGCAAAAUGUCCAAGAUCACUGAAGAUUCACUGUGCAAAAAAGCAUGGAAAAAACUCAAAGGAUACUAAUAGAACUGUUAAGCCAGAUGAACAAGAUGAAAAUAUAUCUGACAUGAGUCCAGCUGAAGAAAUGGAGACAGAAAGUGCUGCUGAAAUUAAACAAAACCAGAGGUCUGGUCUUGAUAAGCGGAGAUCAGCAGCCAGUGACAAUGGCACAAACACAAAGAGUUCAUUUGGAAAGGAAACUGUUUUAGACAAACAGCAGGCAGGUCAAGAAGAGGCAAUCCAUACCCAAGAGAGAAGAGUAAGUAAGCGAACCCCAAAACCUAAGAUGAUACAUUCCUGCAACUACUGUGGGCAAGAGUUUAGGGACAAGUCCCCUCUGGAUGUGCAUAUCCAGAGAUACCACACCAAAGGCACCCCAUACACAUUUGACGCUGAUGAGGACAUGGACAAAGAAGAGGAAUCUGAGGAUCCUGCCAGCACUGUGAAGACCACUCCGCCACGAGUGGCAGCCAAACGUACAGUCAGCAGGUUCCAGCUGAAGUGUAAAAACUGUGAUUUUAGGGUUAGCACCCCUGCGUUGCUGGAGAGCCAUGCUCGAGCCAAACACCUAGACCAGGAGUGGUACCGUUGCAAAUUGUGUAAUUUUUAUUCAGCCACAGCUGAGUGGAUGGACGGUCACCUGUCCUCAGAUAGCCACAUGCAGCAGCAGAAAGGGGAGGAAAUCACAGACUCAUUUGAUGUCUAUGUUGAGAGUAUAACCAGAGACACCACUGGAAAUGAUGCUAUUACAGAUGAAAUAGCUAAGUUAGCAGGAGGAGAAGGAGAAGCUACUGAAGAAGAUCAGGAAGCUGAAGAGGCAGUGGAGGCUGCCAAAGCUGUGUCUGCUGAAGAGGAUGAUUUAGAGUUUGAACCUCCCAGAAAGAAAAGAGGAAGACCAAAGCAAGGGUCCACGACCACUUGUGGUUACUGUGGCCUUGUAGUGUCCAAUGCUACUAAUCUUAGUGUCCAUGUCCGCCGCAAACAUAGCAAGGAGUAUGGCUAUAGCUGCACUCUGUGUAACUACAGCUGUGUCACCAAAGGAGACAUGGAUCGUCACUGUAUCACAAAGAAACAUGUACGACGUGCACAAGAGUCUGCAAAUAAGAGCGCAAUCAAAACUCACACAAGUGCAUCACUGCAGGAACCUGCAACCACACAAGCCGAGGAACCAAAAGCAGCCUCAGAGAUGGCCGACAAAGAGCAGGAACCUGAAAACAUGCCAUCCAAAGAACACAGUGAAGAAGAGCAAACUCAGCCAGACAAAAGCCAGAAAACAAGUAAAUAUGACUCUGUUAAUGCUUGCAUCCAUUGCGAUUUUGUAGCUCAGUCAAUCCCUUCGCUCCAUCUUCACGUCAAGAGAAAGCACACCAGAGACUUUGAGUACGUCUGUCUAGCAUGUAGCUACUAUGCUGUAACGAGCAGGGAGAUGUCCCGCCAUGUCAACACAGAAAAGCACAAACAGAAAAGCCAGAAAUAUCUGGAACCACAAGGGAGUGAGGGGCAAAGAGCAUCCACACUACCGUUGAAGCUAAAGGAGGUUGUUGAGGUUGGUGGGGCAAACUCAAACACUGAGUGUGAACCUCUGAGCCCUAGAGAAGAGUCUGAAUCCUGUUCAGAUGACAUCCAAGCUAUGGAAAGUCAGAAAACAACUGCAGACUCUGUCACCCCAGAGUCUGUUGAAGCUGUGGCUAGUGUGGCUGGCAGUGCAGAUGAGAAGCAAGCAGAGAAUAUUACAUCUUCCAGUCGCGGUGAACCAGAUCCAGCCAACCAGACAAUUAGACUAGAAUUGUCUGAACCACAGCAGGUUCCAGCAGAACCUAAGCCUGCAGAAGAUCAGUCUGAAAAGCAAGAGAACCAGGAGGAAGGGGCUAAACAAGGAAAUGAUGAACACUUGAGUCCUGAUGUGAUGAUCUUAGAUGCGAAAAGUGACAGCUCUCAUUCAGAUACACACAUGUCCAAAGCCCUUUUCUUUGAUGCCUGCAUUGUAUCCAUGAAGGACCUUGCUGAGCAGGAGCAGUCGCUGCAGGAAGGUCUGUCUCUAGAAGGCGAGGCUGCUGUGAUAUGUCUGACUGGAGGAACACAGGUGCCCGCCAGCUUACUGUCCCCCAAUUCUGCAUAUGUCAAGAAGCUCAAACGCAAAGAAACAAAGGUAAGAGAGGAAUCCAAAGUGAGCAGCUCUCGUAUACGCUGUGAGGACUGUGGCUUUAUGGCAGACGGCAUAAGUGGCCUCAACGUCCACAUCUCAAUGAAGCAUCCGUCUAAGGAGAAGCAUUUCCACUGCUUAGUGUGUGGCAAGUCCUUCUACACCGAGAGCAACCUGCACCAGCACCUGACCAGCGCCGCCCACCUCCGAAAUGAGCAGAACAGUGUGGAGGAGCUGCCCGAAGGGGGCGCGAGCUUCAAGUGCGUGAAAUGCACGGACCGAUUCGAAUCGGAGCAGGAUCUAUUUUUUCACAUCAAGGAGAAACACGAGGAGCUUCUGAGGGAGGUCAACAAGUACGUGUUGGAGGACACAGAGCAGAUCAACCGCGAGCGCGAGGAGAACCAGGGCAGUGUGUGUAAAUAUUGUGGAAAGGUGUGCAAGAGCAGCAACUCCAUGGCCUUCCUGGCACACAUUCGCACACACACAGGAUCCAAACCCUUCAUGUGUAAGAUCUGCAACUUUGCAACUGCUCAGCUGGGAGACGCCAGGAACCACGUGAAGAGACACCUUGGCAUGAGAGAGUACAAAUGCGACAUCUGUGGAUGGGCCUUUGUGAUGAAGAAACACCUCAGCACCCACCUGCUGGGAAAACACGGAGUUGGACAGCGUAAAGAGAGGAAGUUUGAAUGUGACUUGUGCGAGCGCUCCUUCAGUGAAAAAUGGGCCCUGAACAACCACAUGAAACUGCACAGUGGGGAGAAACCAUAUAAGUGUGCCUGGCCGUCCUGCCACUACGCCUUCCUCAACCUGUCAGCCAUGAAGGACCACUACAGGACGCACACUGGUGAGAAGUCUUAUCUGUGUGACCUGUGCGGUUUUGCUGGAGGCACAAGACACGCCCUUACCAAACACAGGCGCCAACACACAGGAGAGAGACCCUUCAAAUGUAAGCUCUGCAACUUCGCCUCCACUACGCAGUCCCACCUAUCGCGGCACAAACGUGUUCACACCGGGGAGAAACCGUACCGCUGCCCCUGGUGCGACUACAGAUCUAACUGUGCUGAGAAUAUCCGGAAGCACAUCCUCCAUACGGGCAAACAUGAGGGCGUGAAGAUGUACAACUGUCCCAAAUGUAACUAUGCUACCAACUCUCCCAUGGAGUUCCGUAACCACUUGAAGGAAAGUCACCCUGAUAUUGAGAAUCCAGAUCUCGCCUACCUACAUGCAGGUAUCGUGUCCAAGUCUUUUGAAUGUCGUCUGAAGGGUCAGGGGGCUACGUUUGUGGAAGCAGAAGCUGUAGACUCUCCUGUGAGCAAGAAAGGCUUAUCUGAAGCAUCCGGCCACGAUGAGCCUGUCCAGCAGGUCAUCAUCAUCCAAGGCUACGGUGAUGGGGAGGUGGCUAUCGACCAGACCCUGGAAGAGUCGGCUGCUGCCACCUUGCAGACGCUGGCCAUGGCCGGCCAGGUGGCAGAGGUGCUCCACAUCACUGAAGAUGGACAAGUCAUUGCCUCAGGCAGGGAAGUGGCAUCAGCAGGGGCCCACCUGGCCGGAGGCAGCACCCAGUACGUGGUGCUGGAGUCGGGGGAGACCAGAGAAGGGCUGCAGGCUGUGGCUAGAGGAGGGAUCUCAGCCGCAGGACAAAGUCGAAUUGUUUCAGAGUCGUCCACAGCUCUCGAUGCUCUGCUCAGCGCUGUCAGCGAAAUGGGCCAUCAGGAGGAAAUGCAGGGGGAGGCAACCGUCGUUCACGAGGUCUUGACCCCUGAGAUAGUCGAGGCUGAGCAGAGGGACGCAGAGUCGGAUGUGAAACAAGAACAUGACGAGGUGCAGGUCAUCCAGGAGACCGGCCAGGAGAUGCAGGAGGUGCUGCAGCUUGCCGCAUCCCAGAUGAUGAGGGAAGGUCUAACCCAGUUCAUCGUUAAUGAUGAAGGAACCCAUUACAUUGUGACAGAGCUGGACAACUGCACCUUACAGGUGGAGGGAAGCGUCUAUGGAGAGGCGGGGGCAGGUGACGGGGAGGUGCAGCAGGAAGAGCAGCAGGCUGCAGAAGAGGUGGUGGUGUAUCUGGAUUGAGCCUCUCAUAAGUUAUGGAAGGGUAGAGAGAUUAACUGAAAGAGAUACAUUUAUCGUUUCAUUUCAGUUCUCGUUUAAUUCUGCGUUUGGCUAAAUGUUGGCCAGUAAAUCUUUUGGUCUUCCUACUUGUCUUCUUUCAUUUUACCCCGUUUGAUUCUUUGUUGUUGUUGUUUUUACAUCACUUCUGUUUGCAGUUAUUUGCUAUCCUCUCUUGGGCUAUGCUAAACUCAGGUUAAACAUCAUGUAUGUAGUGACGAAAAGAGGUUUUGGUGCUUAGUGAGGUAACUUGCAAUUCUCACAUCCACCCAGAUAUAUAUAAACUCCUUGAUUAAUGCCAUGCAACUUAAGGAAAUGAUUAUAUUUCCUCUUCAAAUUUUUUUUUUUAAAUGCGUCUAAUAGGUUGAGAAAGGUUGAUAGGUUGUGUUCUGCUCUGUAGAGGUAACAUCAAUUUUCUUGUUUUUUUUUUUAAGACUUUUGUUUAAUAGGACAUUUUUGUGUGCUAUGACACAAUGAUUUAUUAUUUUCUGUCUUGUUUCUUUCCAUCUUUUGUAGAGAUUAGUGUAUCAUCAGUUACAACACAAUGAGUUUAUGGGUUUUAAAAAAUUCCAAAACAGACGAUUUAUAUGUAACAAAAUAGAGUUGCUAAUUAUACAUAAAAGUUUUUUUCACAGCCCCUUGGCUGUUCAGUUAUUCCCUCUGAAAAACAUAUUAAUACAAUUUCAUUUCUAACAAUAAAGAUUGAGCCUAAUUUUUAUCAACUGUGUUCAGAUUUUCUUCUUCGCCGUAUUUUCUGUCAGUCAUACCAUCAAGAGCACAUUUCAGCAUCAAUACCGCAGUUACAUGUUCAGUGCAGCGCCAUAAAACAAGCAACAUGCACAUACAUGCAUCAGCUGAUGGCUCCCAUCAUGCUUGCUGAUCACUAACACAAUCAUUAUCAUCACCAUUAUCAUUAUCGUCAUCAUGAUCACCGUCACCCUAAUCGUCAUCUUCUCUUCUCUCCCCCCAUCAGGCCCAUUCUGUUCAUCACAUACAACACACUCGUCCUCUUUUUUUUUUCCCCCAGCAGUAUUCAGCACUGGAGGGAGAAUCAAUAUUCAUUUAGGCCCCUACACAGGCCUGGUUUCUGAUGGAGUGAGUGGGAGAGCAGUAUGACGGCUGCAAACACAAUGGCCAACCGCUGAAAGUAGAGAGACAAAGCACUCACACACACCGAGGGCAUCA